AUGCCCCAGAGAAAGGCUGAAAGGGAUACUGAAGGAGACAAGGGCAAGAUGAAGGACAAGCCACAGAGAAGAUCUGCAAGGUUGUCUGCUAAACCUGCUCUUCCAAAGCCAGAGCCCAAGCCUAAAAAGGCCCCUGCAAAGAAGGGGGAGAAGGUCCCCAAGGGGAAGAAAGAGAAAGUUGAUGCCGGGAAGGACACAAAUAAUCCUGCAGAAAAUGGAGACAGCAAAGCAGACCAGGCACAAAAAGCUGGAGGCACUGGAGACACCAAGUGA